GGAGGUGGGACUGCAUCAGGGAUCAGCCCUGAGAGUGGUGACGUAAGCUGAGAGUUGAAAGGUGUGUUUUUCCAUCAGACGACCUGUUGUCCUGAUCUGGGAUCAGCGCGGCGGCCACGCGCAACUCAAACGGGCGGACGACGCUGAUCCCGGGUCGGCGAGCGCCGGGACCCGCUGUCCCGCUUUCCCGGUCUCGCUUCUUUUUUUUUUUCUUUUUUACCUCGGACGUGCGGUUCCUGCGCGCGUGUGUGCGCACGCGCUCGCAAACGCAGUCAGCGGACGUGCGCGCGCGCGAUCGCUCUCUGGGCCGCCGUGAGAGGUUCAGACGACGUGAGCAAUGUGGGAAAGUUGCACUUUUCUUCCUCGCGAGGAACUUGAAGCGAACGCGAGGAAACUUUUCACUCGGGCAGUCGGCCUCCUCCUCCUCGACGCUUUUGUACGUUUGCUAAUUCAAGGAAAUCUUGUUUCACACCUGCGGAAUUUCUGAGCUCAUCGCGUCAGUGAACGCCGCUUGCAGGCGGGCAGCAAGCUAACGGCUAGCUCUUGGCCACCUCCGGACUGUUUCAAACGCACUUUUUGCGCCCGUUUGGCGAUUAAGUGGAGCGCCCGAUGCCGUCGCCGUUCCCCGAAGACUAAAAGACGAAAGCUCGAGCAGGCGGCUAGUGGACUUAUCGGGGCGGCGAAAAGUGGGGAAAGCGCGGCGGCUAACUCGCUAGCAUGCCGCAGCUGAGCGACGACGGCGACUUGGGCGCCAGCGACGAGCUGAUCCAGUUCCACGAAGAGGGCGAGCGCGACGACAAGAGAACCGGAACCGCCGCCGAGACGGACCUGGACGACGUCAAGUCGUCCCUCGUCAACGAGACCGAGACCACCAACGGCGCGUCGGGUUCCGAGGCGGCCAACAGGCGAGCCGGAACCGAGCCGGACGCGCCCGGCCGGGCCAGGCACAACCGGCUGUCAGGAGAAGCGCUGAGGUGGCAGCAGACCGCUGGGGGUCUCUUCGCGCCGUCGCCCUAUGUGGGCUACCCCUUCUUCGUGAUUCCGGACCUGCGCCGGUCCUAUCUGGCCGGCGGAGGACUGGCAGCGGCACGCGCGUAUUUUCCUCUCCAGUGGCCCCUGCUGGACAUUCCGGGAAGAUCAGCCAUGAGAGACUCGGCCACGCCCGUUCACCUGUCUAGCGGUGUGCACGCCGACGUGGGUCAUCUCCACCCGCUGCUGUCCCGCCGCCCCGAGGGCUUAUUCCCGCCCCAGAGGGCGUCGCCUGGCUUCUCGCCCGACCCAGGCUCAUCCCGCCCGCCGCACGUCGCCUGCUAUCCUAUAUCGCCCGGGGGCGGGGCUCACGCGUUUGAUUGGCUGCAGGGUCAGCCGGUGUACCCGAUGACGGGAGGCUUCUCGCCCGCCACCCUCGGCAUCAAUGCCUCCGUGUCAAGCCUGGUGUCGAGCGGCUUCUCUUCCGGUGGCCCGGCGAGCAGCUCGUCGCCGUCGGCCUACGUCUCGGCGGCCGUCAAACUGGAACCCCGAGAACCCAGAGAACCCCGAGAACCAGGCCUGUUGAGGAAGUCGGCGGCGCCGAUGGUGGGCACGCAGGCCGUCGAUCAGAAGGUCAAAGCUCACAUCAAGAAACCUCUCAACGCCUUCAUGUUGUUUAUGAGGGACGAGAGGCCCAAAGUGGUGGCGCAGUGCCAAGUCAAGGAGAGCGCCACCAUCAACCAGAUCCUGGGACAGCGGUGGCAUUCCCUGAGCAAGGACGAGCAGGCCAAAUAUUAUGAGCUCGCCCGGAAGGAGCGCCUGCUCCACUCUCAACUUUACCCUGGAUGGUCGGCCAGAGACAACUACGGCAAGAAGAAGAAGAGGAAGAAAAGCAAGAGUGAUCCCCAACAAGACACCGGCGCAGACGAUUCCCCGCCACAGCCCAAGUGCGCGCACCUGUCCUCCUCCGUGCACGACGAGGCGCCUCACGCGCACGCCCCUCUCAUGCAUGCGCGUGCGCACACGUCUGCUGUCGACAUGCACACGCGCACCCGCCCGUCACGCCCGCGCACAGUCUCCCACCUCACGCACACGCACUUGUCCCAGGCCAGCCCCGCCUCCUCCGUUGACUCCCCGGCCACGCCCACCGCCGCGCUGGCAUCACCCGCCGCCCCGGCACCCACGCACACAGAGCAUACGCACUCAGUCACACAAUCGGCCUCGUACGGUGAGCACACGUCGCCGUACGCCGACCGGCCGCUCGCCCUCACUGCGAAGCCGCCGCGCGACACGCAUGCCCCGCGCCUGUCCGCGCCCACCUUGGAGCCACCCUCCCCGGCCCCACCCUCCUCCUCUCACAGACGAGCCAAUCAGCUGUAAGCGGUGGCGAGCCAGUCAGCCAUUAUCCAAAAAACAAAACAAAACAAAACAAAAAGCUUUUAAACGUUUUUUAAAUCCCAUUUCUUGUCGUAUGAAAACGACAAGUUUGUGGUCAAUAUUUGACUUUGUCGUCACGCGUGUUUUCGUUCGUGUUUUCACUCACAAAACUGCUUUUGUAAACCGGAAUAAAUAUUCACAACUUAA